AUGCCGCUUGAAUCCACCCGUGAUACGGUCGCAUCUCGGCGGUCAUCCUCACAAGACUCCUUCCACUCGGCCGUAUCCACUUCCGACCAAGAUGACACUGCUCCCCCCCAUUCCCCCUCACCUCCCUCUCCACCGCCGCCACCGUCGGCCACCUCGACCCCCGCGUCCCAGCGUCUGACCUCCAAGUUCACGCCCUCGCGCACCUUCCGCUUCUUCCAGAAGGUCUCACUGCCGUCCACCGCCACCUCGGACGCUCUGGCUUCUACAGAGACCCCUCCCUCGCGAAAGCCACCCACAAUCCCUUCCACGUCGCCUCGCCCGCCCUCCAAGCGUCCCAGGCAUACCCCUGAUCGCACCUCGAGAAUCCGCUUGUCGAGGGCCCACCCGCCAGAAACGCCUGCCCGCGUGCCUAGGAAUACGUCGCGGAGAAGCUCGCACGAGUCGGGCUCGUCUGUGGCCCUGCAUUUAUCACGUACGUCGUCCACCAAUGUAGUCCGCAAAGAAGAUGUGGCUGCGCAUGAGCUGCCGCACAUGUCAGAGGCACAUGUUGGUGCGACGACGCCGCAGGCGAGCGGCCAAAGCUCGGUGAAAACAGCUUCGCAGCGCAUUACAAGCACAGACGCCACAGUCGCGGUCCAUGACGAUACCAGCGUAGAUGACUGGGGGAUUGAUGAGCUGUCAGACUUGGAAGAAGGUGCCGACACGCUUUCCAUACGGCAAAAUGUACCGGCAAAUGAAAGUUUUGGGAGUACUUCAAAGUCUGGUGCGCAGCAGGAGCGUAUUCGAGGGGCAAGUGUGCGGUCUGGCGGGAGUAGCAAGAACACUUCGCAUCGAGACAUCAUUACAUUACGUGCGUUUGAUGAAAAUGUCGACCAUCAAGCAAAGCUGGUCAGCUCAGACCUUACGAGGAUGAAUAUGAUCGGUCUGUACGCUGACCCAGCCGCUGAGGAGGUAGACUGGGGGGACGACUUUGAUCUUGAGCAAUCAAGCUCAAAGUUUGAUGCAUCGAGUGAAAGUCCUGCUGCUGACGACGUCCCGUCCGGGUUUCCGUCUUGGUAUAUUGAAAAAGAUCCGAAGAAGAAUGAGUUUGAAUUUAAGGUGGAGAUGUCGCAAGCUCCUUCUCCCAUUUCACCCAUGAGGCACCAAUAUCAAUUAUCAACUGCGGAAAUUCUUUCUGACAGCGACGAUUCUUUAGGAUUACGAAGCGUGCCUCCCACAGCUUUUGCAACGCCUUCCUUGAGUCAUUCGUCGCUACUGUCGUAUCCAGGGGUUGGCUAUCAAACCUCUACAGUUCACCCGAGCUGUACUCGGGUAAAGGAGCUAUUUUCCCGGUAUGAUGCAACAAUCCGCCGUCACUUUGAUGCUCUCGUUCGGGAUAGCGGGGGCACAAGUGCUUUGGAAAGGAAGACGCGGUCCAUAUACCACAUGUCAUCUGACCGAGACUUGAACAGAUUAUCAAAUUUGAACAAGGAUUUGGCUGUGGAUGUGCUCGUCUGGAAACUCGAAUGGGCUACACAGCAGAAGAAUUCUGUGGACCACUCUAAAAUCCUACUCAGCUUAUCAAACAUAUGCAAACACGCGGGCAAUUAUAAGGAAGCGACUCAACUCGUUAGGGAAGCUGUCAUGGUUGCGGCUGACAUAGAAGACACAGGCGUUAGUCUGGUUAUCAGAACAGAGCUUGAAUAUGAACUUGCUGUCCUGAGCAGAGCUCGAGGAGCUUUGGGAGACUCAGAAAAGGCAGCGAAAAGGGCAAUGGCACACACCACGGCUCUCGCUUUGAUUCCAGAAGAAACAAAAUCAUUGACGGGUCCGCAGCAGCGGGCGCUGUGGUGGCAAUUGAAGUGCAAAUUUCUCUUGGCAGAACUGUCAUAUGAUCGAGCGAAUUUAGAUGAUGCAGUACAGUUCUUCUCCGAAUACGUAGUGGAAGGUAUCACUAGGAUGAUUGGUUUGAUCGCACCACCACGUGCAGAGGACACCACGCUGGGCACGGAAUUCAUGCGUUAUUGCCUUUUUUCUCCCCGUCGUCUUGUCCUAGCAAUGUGGACAAUUCUUCUUUGUCUGGGGGAUAUGAAAUGCUUCGCGGCGGCAGCCGAUACAGCCGCUCUGACUAGUCUUGUCGCCUCCUCAUUUGGAUAUGAAGAUGCUAACAAAGCGGGGUCGGACAUAAGACUGAGAAUCAAGGAGAUGGCGGUUGAGCUGCGAGAACAAUACGAUGGUAUUUCUACAGCUAUUUUACAAAGUAGCAAUCCUGCUGUGGGCGACCCGAACAACCUUCCGAGCGCGAAUCGAAUUCCAGGCUCGCAAUUCGACUACGGGCUCGGUGAAUUUGGCGAUAUGGCGGAUGACGUAAUUGAGGAUUGGGACACUCAGCUUGAAAAAGAACUCAACAUCAAAAUUGAGCGAUGUUGGGAAAUUGAUCAGUCGAACGAAACUUCCAGUCGAGGGGCGGAGGCGGAGGGAAAUGGGGCGCCUUUAUCACCGACGCCGGAAAGAUUUGGAUCGUCUUUUCCGGAUCGAACUGGUUCUAGCUUAAAGAAAGGGGUUGGUGGAAAUGGAGACGCCAACAAGGAAGGCAGGAGAGGGCAAGCAGUGUCUGGGUGGAACACUGGCUUGAACUUCGGGAAUUUAAUCGAAGCUGAGUUAAGGCAAUAUCUUAGCCGAGUUAACGGAGCUGCAAGUACCCUCUCAAGGCAGCAGAUGUAUCCGAAACCAACUCAAUCAUUUGAUGGCCGCCUUAUGGGUCCACGGGAGCACGAAACAUUCCUGAGGAGGUUUGUUCGAAGCAAAGACCCAGUUCUGUCAGCGAGGAUUCAGAUCGGCUUACCUGUGACCUCCAUGUGGUAUCCAUCUGCCGAUUGCAAGCUAAACGCUGCAGUCGAGUUCAAUGAAACUGCAGCCCUUCUAAGUAACAAACCUGCUUUGUCACCAGUUUAUGGCAUGGAGAUUUUGACGUUGGUUUGGAAGAUCGUGAGAGGGCAAAUUUCCGCUCAUGAGAAACAGUCACAACUUCGGCAGCUACUGCUGCAUUCUUUCUCACGGAUAUCUACGCUUUCAAAAAAGUCACCGGCUCACGAUGAGGUGGACCGCCGGCGUAGGCUUGAUAUGCUUGCGUGCUUGUUGGACUGUCUUCGACUUGCAAGAGAAGUCAUCUCCGAAAGUGGGAGCGAUGCUACCUGGUUUUCACACGCUUCUGUGUUUUUGGGUUUAGCUGCGGCUACAGUGACCCCUGCUGCGAAAGCAGCUGUAGAACUGCUACAGGCCGAAAGCCGAGCUCAUUGCGGCCUGAAGACCGUCGUGGCAGGAUUCUGGUUUGAUAGAUGCGCUACUGCCGAACAAGAACGCUUGAAACAGCAUCAUCAAGAUCUCCAGGGUGAAAUUGUCUCAGAGUCAGAAAUUGUAGAAACCGGAGGACAAAUCCCUGCGGCGCUGCGGCAAUCCGUCGUUGACAUUAUGCACGCUCUAUACUGGCGGACGAAGGCCGGAUUUGAUGAGUCAUCUGACGCAGACUCGUUUGAACGACUCAUCCACGCUGACGUAGCAUCGGGGCUGUUUUUGACUGGCUGCGGCUUGUCUCCUGUCGAUGGGUCGUCAAUCGACUUCAGUGAUGAAACCGAACUCCUUCAUAUUUCAGACAGAAAGAACUCAAAAUCUGUAGACACGGAUACCCUUGUUGACGAAACAAGGCGUGUAAGCGCGUCAGAGCUAUUCCAAGAGCUGCAGUCGCUGUGGCUAUCCUUGCCGUCGUCCGCCGGGCUGGUCCGAGCUAAAGUUUCCUUUGCUUUAGCUCAACAUAGCAGAAUUGACCAGGGUGACUAUGGCCGUGCAGAACGCUUUCUAUUUGAUGGAUUACAAUCAAUCCAUGCAGUUGCACCGAGCCAAGCUUACCCUCACUCGUUCUAUUCCAGACUGCUCUUCGUCUCCCCGGUGGCCAUCGUUUCGUCGCCUCUGGCAGAGGCCCUCCUUCACUCCUAUGGUACCCUGGCACUCUCACAUUCAAAGUAUCGAUAUGGUAUUGCCGCCUUAGAGGCCUCCACAGACUCAAGGAAGGUACGAACAAAGAACAAACAGUCUUACACAUCAGCAGUGAUGAGGGUCAUCGAAGUAGCCGGAGAAAACAGCGAUUGGAGGCGAGCGUUCGUUUUAUUGUACAGCCUUCGCAACAUAACACACCCCAAGAAUGGACAACGAAACGAGUUCCUGCAGCUUUGCUUAAAGCUUCACAGCGCUUGCCUCGAUGUUGGCUGCAUCGAUGCAAGCAUCGUGCCACUGCGGGCAUAUUCCGCACUUAUUUAUGAAGAAAGGUUGCGUCUCUUGCUGCAACGCUACCGUAGAAGAUUAGCCAAGAAGGCCAGGAACCGAAUUCGGAGAAGGAUUCCCGGGUCGCCCUUGCCCAAGCUCUUGCCUGGCGGAUCGGUUUUUCCGAGAGGGAAGAAUUCGCUUGCUUCCUUCUUUGAAGUUCCAGUAGUUAACUCAAUCGACAAUACCAUUCGGCAAUCUACAUCUAUGUUUGAAAUGAGACCUCGGUCAUCCACGGUCAUGGUACCGUUGCCAAGUGGGGGACGUAGCCAGGGUAUUCUCAAGAAACUCUUGACUGGUCUGUGGGGGUCGUCAGGCAAUGCUCGCCGAUCGUCGCCUCCCCAAGGCGAGACUACUGUCAAAGGGAAUCAAAGGUCUGACGCAGCUCUAGUGCCAGAAGACGACAGCAAAUCCUCACGUCAGCUGCCUUCGAAGAUCUAUUCCAAGGGACACAAAGCCGUUGUAUCAACUUCCAUUCAGGCAGACAAGGGAGAGUUUGAAGAAGAGCAGAGAGAAUUGCUUCGCAUUGAGGCAGAACAAGAGAUAGCUGCCGAUUCGAAUCGUUUUCAGGUAGAGCUUUUGCGAGCAAGGACCGAGUUCGCGAAAGCAGAUUUCAACAAAGCACAGUCAAGAUGUCGCGGUCUGCUCGAAAUGCGGAUCCCACACGCCAGUCGUUUCAAAGUAUUGGAGAUCCUUGCCCGAAUUCGAUUAAUGAGAAGAGAAAUAACGAGAUGCCUGGAGUUUGUAGACCAAAUGGAGCAUGAGUAUGCUCUCGCGAAAGCUUUCCGUGAUUUCCCAGAAGACUCGCAGCCGGGGCCCAUGAAAGAGAAUCAACGUGUUUCAAAAUUCAGAAUUCACGAUCAGAGCCAUGAGACUAAGAAAGUCUACAUCUCAUCAGUGUUUUGUCCUCUUGCCACAUUCCUUCGUCUCUCUGCUUUGAUUCAUGGGGGGCGUUUGAGUGAAGCGCUGUAUCUGGCAGAUAAAUCCAUUGAAGCCUGUGAAGAACAUUCUUUCUGGGAUCUCGGACGUCUGCAUUAUUUGCGAGGGAAAGCGUUGGGGGCCAUGUCGUCAAACGCAAGUGCCCCAUUACAAGGAGAGAAUGAACUGGAAAAAGGACCGGUCGAGAGCCAAAAGCUGGUCUUGCAAGUGACAGAGCUCACGUUGAUUGCAUUUGAAACUGCGAGCAGAUAUUUUGAUGCGUCUGGGGACGAAGUUAGUACCGCAAAGGCGGAUCUACUCUGGGCUCGCACGUCAAUUGAUUUCUUGUUUCGAAAGGUUGUUCUCAAGGAUGUUUGUGGUGGAGGCAUUUCUCUAGAAACUGCGUGUACCAUUCUCAAUCGUCGCAUUGUCGUCGAAGAAAUUGUCGAUGUCGUAUAUAGUGUUAUCAACCUUGCAUCAACUGCAAAUAUCCCAGUCCUUCUGAUUGACUCAAUGGCGGCGCUUGCAGAAGUCAAAUGCAUUCAAAAGCAGUCUUCUUCAGCUUGGAUGUUAUGGGUCUCAGAAGCAUGGAAGCUUUUCUCUCGCUUGUUUACCGACGCAGAGAAUUUUACUGUUGUUCUUGAAGAACUAGCCCCGGUAUCAACUUUGUUUCACCUCCGCAACGUCUGUGGCCGCCUUGUGAGACUCACGAUGUGUGAGAGUCACCAUGGGAAAAUUGCAGACAUGAACAAACAUUUGCGCCUCUUUGAAGCUUACGUAACACUUCAAAUAGCUAUAGAUAGGAAGAUGAACCUGUCAUCUAGGGCGCACAAAAUCGGAUCGGAUUCCGCUUCGUCUGUUGACGAAGUGAAUGAACUUGACGCGGAGGAUAGGGACCAACCACGGCCUUCAGUUGUAUCAAGCUCUCCGUCAAUGCUGCCUGGGAGGCCGGACAAGAAAAUUGGGAUUCGCACUGCCAGUCUUCUGCGGCUAAAACUUUCACGCGAUCACCAGGCUCUAGAACGGAAGAGAGGCAGUUCUGCUAAAGACGUUGUAUCAGACAGUCUAUCAGAGACCGACUCACAUAAAUCCGGACAUCGGCGUCCGGCCGGGGCAUUUUUGCACAUUCUUGGUGACGAGGGGGUGGCGCUAGGCCGUCAAGGGCUGAGCGUUUUCAUAAAUCGACCGCGGCAACAAGUCAUUAGUGCUGUCAAAGGCACAGGAGCUGUUCUGAUUCCGUCUAACUUUUUCUCAAACUCUAAGGCAGCACCUGGUCACGAGCUUGGAAGAGAUGCAGAAAUGAUCUUCCCGUUCAAACCGCAUCUGGGGCUUGGUGCGAUGCAAAUCCUUGAUGACUCGAAAGGAAAAAUUGAUGAGAGGAUAGAGUUGAAUGACUCAGAGCUAUCGGAUCCGGACCCAGCUUCAGAUCCAGAAAGGAAUGGGGAUAUGGGUGCCUCAAGCGUAGGAGCAGAUAUAAACAUCACUCAGUCACAAGACGCAACGAGAGCAAAUGCUCGAGAGGACCUUAAAGAUGUCGGUAAACGGCAAGAAGGCCCAGUCGACACUGAUCCACGCCAGUCAACUAAAGGCCCGCUACCAGAUGAGAAAAGAGAUGACUCUUUUGUACCGCUUCCAAGAAUUAGUGCUCAUGAACGAAAUAGGUCUACGAAGAAAGUACGAAGGCAUGAACUGGCUGAAUUGUUGAGUUGUAUUCAAGAUGAAUUGGAAAGCGGGCGUACCCAAACAAAUGGUUCCUCGCCUAUCUUUGGACACAGUACAGCAGAGCGUGUCUGGUCUCACAUGCAUCGCAUCAACACAGAAACGAGUAGUUAUAUGCACGGGGAAAUUAAUCUGGAGCAAUUACGAGAGCGAAACAACGAUGCUCUUUUGAGCUGGGUGCAUUGCAUCCCGGUCUCUCGGAAGGAAUGGACUAUUCCAGAGUCGAUCGGCAGACGCCUUGUGUAUAUUUUAUAUGCGCAUGGUGUUGUGGGAUAUUAUGCCGUGGAUCGGGGUGGGAGUAUCGAGAGUGUUGCCUUUGGAGGGAAGCAAGGCUUUGAGGAAAUGGUGAAUGGCAUCCAAACGCUGCGCUCCCCUACGAAAGCAGAGCGGAUGUAUCUGUCAGAUCUCGUAAAAGGCUACAAGAGGGACGAAGUAUGGCACAAGAACAGAGACUCUGAGAUCGUCAACGGUUUAGCCAAUCGAGUACUGCGAGCCCCCAGAUCACUACUAAGUUCCUCAUCUCCCGCACAGAAAUCAAGAAGUCGUCCUAUUGUUCUCAUUGCGGACCUUACAUUGCAAAUUCUGCCAUGGGAACUGUUCUUUGAUCACGUCGUCAUCCGCUCUCACUGUCUGCUGGAUAUGAUCCGUGGACUUCAGGACGGGGCAGCGUCGCAGUCACAGAGCAGCCUUGGCAGCAUUGAAGAUCCUGUCAUUGCUGCAUCACGGAAAAUUGUGCGUUUCAUUAGCUUUGGACCUUCACGGCGCGAAGUAAUCGACUUAGAGCGCACUGAAGAGGCUCGACGACAACAAUUGGCCUUCCAAGGGCUUUUGCGCCUGAAUCACAUGAGUCCCGCGAACAUAAUUGCAUUUCUGGGACUCGGAGGGUUUAGUGACCCGACGGCCGUAAAUGCGGUACCGCGUCCUACCGGGCCUCUCUCAUCACCAUUAUCGCAAUCGCGAAAGGCAGUGAGGUUGUUCGGAUUAAGGAUUUCGGCCAAUAUUGGAAAGCGUAACUAUCCACAUAUGGAUUUCCUCAAAGUGCCGGGGCUUGGAAGUGCGACGACGGGGGAUUUGAAAGAAGCCGCCAUGGUUCUACAGCCGAUGUCUAAUGACAAGGAUGAGCCCAAACGAGACUUGGGUGCUUAUGUACCUGUAUUUAUGUUCUCCUACGCCGACUUGGUGGAUUCCAGCGACUCUGUCUUUGGGCUGCGAAAACUUGUCCCGAGCGCGAUUCUCAUGUUCACACCUGCGAUUCACAUGAAGGUGUUAGCACGUCAUCUGGAGGAUGAUGAAUUGUCCGUCGAGCUACGGCGCGCUUCUGGGAGAUUGCACAACCGCAUCUUCCCCGACGUAAUCGCGUCUGCACGCAUCCUCGUGGAAUACGUUUCGAGAUUUUCGAGAGAGAAGCGGAUCCCCAUUGUUGUCUUCCUCGGCAAGGGCCUUGUAGGUGUGUUCCCUCGUAAGAGAGCUGUGAAGGGAAAUCAUGGGAGGCAGACGACGCCAGCAGCGGAGAGACUUGUACAGAUUCACGGGGCUGGGCGUGUCUUCCCCGGGCAAUGA